AUGAAGUGGGUUUCCCCAAAAACUCCAACUGAAGUAAGGAGCUUUCUAGGCCUUGCUGGCUAUUAUAGAAGGUUUAUACAAGACUUUUCAAGAAUAGUGUUACCCUUAACAAAGUUGACGAGGAAGAAAGAGAAGUUUGUGUGGGGAAAAGAUCAAGAAGAAGCCGUUCGAGUGUUAAAAGAAAAGUUGUCUAGUUCUCCGGUUUUGACACUCCCAGAUGGAACGGAAGAUUUGGUUAUCUAUUCGGAUGCUUCACAUCAAGGUUUAGGAUGUGUUUUAAUGCAAAAAGGAAAGGUUAUCGCGUAUGCAUCGAGACAACUUAAACUGCAUGAAGGAAACUAG